AUGAUAAGGACAUUCGGCUCCGAGAUGAAGGUAGUGAUGGAAAGCGGUUGCACCAUAAAGAAUUGGAACGGAAAUCUCAUAUCUCAUACCACUUACGCUUACGCUUCAAUGUUAUACCUCAAAAAGUUCAAAAAUUUCAAAAUUAUACUUCGGGGAGUCCUUGUGGAGCAGUACAACAUUGCUGAUGAACUGAGAUAUCCUGAGAUUGCAAAGUACAAGCCCUAUAAAACAGCUAUGAUUGAACAAGCUACAACUGAAAUCAAACUUGGAUUUAUAAAGGAGGCGCCAAAGAUUCCAGUUUGCGGUUACAAUGUCUAUCACAAAAACCGUCUCAUCCGGGUACACGCUUUCACAUUCCACCAGACAAUUCCAUGGUCUAUUUUUCAUCUUUCAUAUGGCUUUGAAUUAGCUGAGAUCUCUCUUGCACCUUUACAGCCUUUCUGGAAGGUCACUGCGGAGGGGUCACAUCUAGGCCAUGGUGUUGUCGGAGUUCUUGAAGCAAACUUCAUCGAACCGCUACACGAUAAGCAAGAUUUUGAGAGCUCUUCUCUAGUCAACCGGUUGGAGAUUAAGUUAAAAAGGAUUCUCAAUGAUUACUGGUAUAGCCACAGCCACUUUCUUGGGUACAGUUCUUAUCGAAAACCUUGGGGUAAGUCGAAAAUGACGCCAGUACCUGAUCCUCCGCCAACUGUCAAUACAUUCACUCCUCCGCCUAGUGUCAAUACAUUCAGUCCUCCGCCUUCGCCUUCUAAUAAAGCUGGCCCAAUCAUACGUGAACUAAGUCUUAGUAAAGGCACGCCAGUCCUUAAAGUUGCUGUUCCACCGCCACAUGUGAGAAAUUCCAGAAACAACUUCGAACCAGUGGAGCUCAGCCCUCAACCUGCAGCAGCUACCGAGGAGGAUGCUGGAAACAACCUUGUUGGCAAGUCAGUGGACGAGAUAAGCGAAGAGAACAUACAACUCUUUAUGAAAUGCGAGGAAUAUAGAAAGACAGAGAAUGAUUUGGAACAGACGGUAAAGAACUUAGAAAAGGAACUGGAAGAAGCUAAAAGCAAAUGUGCACAUCUUGCUCUGCUUGUGGAUGCUAAGAAGAUGCAGAUGCAACUUGUUUAG